AAUCAGAAAGAGAGAGAAAUGGCGUCGACAACAACUCUUCGGAUAUCCAUUACACUCUCCAGCAAAGAACCCUUCUCUGCGGCGAAACCCACCAGAACUUUAACCAAUUAUUUCCUUCCACGUCAGCAUCCGCCGCGCUCCCUCGGUAUCAGCUUCUCUAGCCGCCGCCGGGAGAAGUCCACCGCCCCUCCUGUCACUUCCAAGAAGACUAACAAGAAAAAACCCACCCCAAAAACUGUGGGGGAAAAUGAAAAUGAAAAUGAAAAUGUAGACGAAGAUGCUUUCGAGGCGCUUUUCCUUAUGCUUGAAGAAGAUUUAAAGAACGACGAAUUAAACGGUAAUGAUGAAAUAAGUGAGGAAGAGCUUGCGAAGCUCGAGCAAGAACUAGCCGAGGCUUUAGAGGAUGAUGAAUUGUUUGGGGCUUUUCAAUCUAUUACCAAUAACGAAGAAGACGCAGACGAGGAUGAUGGCGUGGAUGGUGAUGUAGAUGGAUCUGAAGUUGAUGAUGAGUUUGAAGAUGAAGAAGAGGAGGAAAAGCCGAUUAAGCUUAAAAAUUGGCAAAUGAGGAGGCUAGCUUAUGCUUUGAAAACGGGUCGUCGGAAAACUAGCAUAAAAAGUCUUGCUGCAGAGCUAUGCCUUGAUAGAGCAGUGGUUCUGAAAUUACUAAGAGACCCUCCUCCAAAUCUUGUUAUGUUGAGUGCUAGUUUGCCCGAUAAACCUGCUCCGACAAUUGUGGACCCUGUUGAAGAAGUCGUGGAAACUGUCCAGGUGGACACGGUGACGACAGAUGCUGCAAAGACUGAGGGGAGUAAGGUCAAAGUGCCGGUUCACGUCAUGCAAAGCAAUUGGUCUGCUCGAAAGAGGCUCAAGAAAGUACAAGUCGAAACUCUCGAACAAGUUUAUAGACGAUCAAAGCGCCCAACUAAUGCGAUGAUUAGCAGCAUAGUUCAUGUGACAAAUUUGCCAAAGAAAAAAGUCGUGAAAUGGUUCGAAGAUAAACGAGAGGAAGAAGGUGUGCCUGAGCAUCGUGUCCCAUAUCAACGGUCUGAACCCGAACCCGAGCCCUCCGUCUUCACUAGCUAAAAGUCUAAAACACCCCUUGUUCUUUUCCGAUUAUUUCUUGUUGAGACGAUUUAAAUUUCUUCUCUUUGUAGCUUUUUCGUAUGUAGUUGCAGAGUAAUUUGCAUGUUCUUCUCGAAAUAUAUUAUGGGAGAAUUGAACAAAUUAAUUUUGAACUAUGAUCUUAUUUAUUUUUUUA